AUGGGUAAAAAGAAUAAGAAGUCCGCCGAGCACAAGGAGCGUGUGGCAGCAAAACAGACAAAGAAGUCUGCACAGAAAGAAAAAAGAUCUAAGGCCAAGGGCAAAGACGUAGACAGCGAUGCUGAAGAUGCAGACCUGGAUGCGAUUCUGGCCCAGUACGCUGAAGAGCAGGCCAAGUUCUUGAAGGUUACUGAAAUCGUCUCUGAGCCACCAGUUCCUCGCUCGUCUUCGACAAUACUGGCUUCUCCGUCCAACCGGAAUGAGCUGUUGCUUUUCGGCGGAGAGUACUUUGAUGGAACGCACGCUACUUUCUUCAAUAACCUAUACGUCCACCUCAUUGAUCGCGGCGAGUGGAGAGAGGUGACUAGUCCGAACAGUCCUCUCCCUCGAAGUGGUCAUGCAUGGUGUCGUGGAGGAAACUCCGGAGGCAUCUAUAUGUUUGGAGGUAAGCUUUCCUUCCUGGAUCUCUUGGAGAAUGGACUCGUCUUGAAUCCAAAGGCAAAGGUCCCCUCUGCUAGAAGCGGUCAUCGCAUGACCUAUUUCAAGAACUACAUCAUACUAUUCGGUGGAUUCCAAGAUACUUCUCAACAGACCAAGUAUCUGCAGGAUCUCUGGAUUUAUGAUUGUAAUCAGUAUACCUGGUCUAACCCUACGUUGGCCAUUGCAUCUCAAAAGCCCGACCCCCGCUCAUCAUUCUCUCUGCUACCUCAUGAGACUGGAGCUGUUCUCUACGGAGGAUACUCCCGAGUGAAGGCAGCGGCAGGUGGUAACAAGCAAGGCAAGGGUGGUGGUCCCCAGAAGAUGGCUCUCCGCCCCAUGGUCCACCAGGACACUUGGUUCUUGCGAAUCACACCCCCUGCGCCCGAAGCUCCUUCGUCAACGGCACCUGCGGUUCGAUGGGAGCGACGAAAGAAGCCCGCCAAUACGCCCAACCCGCCCCGUGUCGGCACCACCAUGGCGUACCACAAGGGCCGUGGAAUCAUGUUUGGUGGUGUCCACGAUGUUGAAUUGACCGAGGAGGGCAUUGACAGCGAGUUCUUCGACUCCCUCUUUGCUUGGACCACCGACAGAAACCGUUUCUUCCCAUUGAGUCUGCGACGUCCUCGCGCAGCUGGCAAGAAGCAGCAGGCCAACCAAAAUGCCAAGUCUAAAAACAGGGGCAGGGCGGACGAAGAGGAGCUUUUAGCAAACCUCAAAGCCCUGGAGGCUAAGGUGGGUAUUCAGGCCGACGAUAACGAUGAUACGGAGGCAAACACGCCUCCACCCGAAGAGCCCGUUGAGCCCGCAAAGCCCUCGGUUGUUCGUUUUGAAAUGCCACACAGACGAUUCAACGCGCAGCUGGCAGUGCAGGACGAUACCCUGUUCAUCUUUGGUGGUACCUUUGAAAAGGGCGACCGGGAAUUCACUUUCGAUGAUAUGUAUUCCAUUGAUCUAGUCAAACUGGAUGGCGUCAAGGAGAUCUUCUACAGAGAGCCCGAGAACUGGCACCUCUUGGACGAAGCUGAAGACAGCGACGAAGACAUGGAUGACGAGGAUGAAGAUGAAAUGGAUGAAGAGGACGAUGAGGCUGAGGCCGAGGCGAUGUCUGUUGAUACUGCUUCGCCUGCCUCAACGGAUAUCACAGUGCCAUCCGUUACUAAGGACAUGGAACAACUCGAAGUCGAAGAGCCAGAAGAACAAAACGUCAAUGACAGCAGACCUUUGCCUCGGCCAUUCGAAAGCUUACGAGAGUUCUUCAGCCGCACUUCGGAAGAAUGGCAAAACAUUAUGAUCGAAGUUGCCAAGGAGAUGGAGCAGGCUGGCGACAAGACAAUCAAGGAACUGCGCAAGGCAGCAUUCUCGAUGGCCGAAGAGAAGUGGUGGGAUAGUCGAGAGGAGAUCAUGGCUCUGGAAGAUGAGCAAGAAGAGGCGGGUAUUGGAGAGGUUGUCAGCAUGUCUGAGCGUACUGAGAACAUGGGAGGAGCUGGUCGUCGCCGUUGA